AUGGCCGGAGUCCAGGUGACGCCGGCGGCAGUGGGGCGAGCGCCGUGGGGCGGUUCGGUGUCAGGGGUGGGUAGCACCACCGGCUUGUUCGCCGGCGACUGGAGGAGGAAGGCUCGCCGCCCGGCGUGCUCGGUCUGGGCGCUCAGGCAGAACCGGAGCAGCAGCAGGAGCAAGGGCGGCCUCGGCAUCGUCUGCAACCUCGCCGGACAGUACGAGGAUAGCUUUGACGACGUCCAGCGGCAACUGAUGAAUUACUUCACCUACAAAGCCGUGAGGACCGUGCUGACCCAGCUCUACGAGUUGAACCCACCAAGCUACCGUUGGUUCUACAACUUCGUUGCUGUCAACAAACCUACUGACGGCAAGCAUUUCCUCCGUGCUCUCAGCAAGGAGAGGCAGGAGCUUGCUGAGCGAGUGAUGAUCACCAGGCUUCACCUAUAUGGAAAAUGGAUCAAGAAAUGUGACCACGCAAACACGUACGAGAAGAUCUCUGACGAGAACCUGACGCUGAUGCGAGAGCGGCUCAUGGAGACGGUCAUCUGGCCAACAGACGACACCAACACAGAGAAGAUCGGCUGA